UCAUUGUUUCUUUGCCAGCUCCUUUAUUGUGUUUGUUUUUAUAGGUAUUUGGGCGCCAAUUCUGUGCAAAGUACUGGUUUAUCCGUUAUUAAAAGCAAUUAUAGGAAAAUCAUUUAAGGCAUUAACUAUCUUAGUAAUAUUACAAAAAGUGAGAAUUUUAAUAAUUAUAAAUUAUAGAAAUGAGUACCCAAGCCAUGGUGGAUGUAAAGACUCCAGUUGCUCUAACGCACUCUUCUUCAGAGAAGUUGUCGCGCCAUGAAAUGUUGCGUUGGAUUAAUACAACCGUCCAAGGCGAAUAUACGAAAAUUGAGGAGCUCUGCUCAGGUGUUGCUUAUUGCCAAAUUAUGGAAAUACUCUUCCCAAAUUCGGUCGGUAUGAAAAAGAUAAAAGUGAGUGCAAAAUUGGAACAUGAAUUUUUGCACAAUUUAAAACUCUUCCAAAUGGCGUUCACACGUAUAAACUACGAAAAGUCCGUGCCCAUUGAACGUUUGAUAAAAGGACGAUUUCAGGAUAACUUCGAAUUUCUGCAAUGGUUCAAGAAGUUUUAUGAUGUGCAUGCAGCCGGUAAAGAAAAUGUGAAGCUUCCAAAUACGCAAAAGCAGCAAAUUAAUCUCAAGGCAAAAACGACGAAAAAAUUACUAAACCGAGUAGUUUCGGAAAUGACACCACCAACAGCGAAUUCAACGCAGCUUAACGUGGAUGAAAAUGGUUCACCAAGAAGCUUAAAAUAUUUGCAAGAGACUCGGGAUAAACUCGCUGAGCAGACCUCUGCAAUAUUAAAUGAGAGAAAUUUUUAUUAUAAAAAACUAAUCGAUGUGGAAAAUGUUUUGAAGGAAUUCACAGAUCACGACGAGCUGUGUGAGCGUGCAAUGGCCAUAUUAUAUGCUACCGAUAGUGGAGUUCCAGAAAAUGGAAACAAUGAAUCGGGAUGCGACACAGCGGAGUUGUAAAUUUUUAUGUUCUUUUUUUUUUGUAAAACAUUUAUUUUUACAUAUUGUAUUUU